AUGGCGGCCGGGAGAGAGUACACGUCGGGCCGCUUGGAGCAGCUCAUGAGCGGCGGCAGAGAUUGGAGGACGCCGGGUUUAGUCCAGGUCAUCCUCGGCGUGGUGGGGCCGUCGCAGGAGGUGGCCGGGGAGGAACCGUCGCCGCCGGACCGGAUCGUGCUGGUGAACCCCGUGACCCAGGGUAUGGUGGUGCUGCAGGGGGACCCCGAUUUGAUGGCGGAGAUUUUGUCCGAGAGGAGCGUGGGAGAUGGCGGUCACGGCGCUGGGGGCCCGCCGCCGGCGUCCAAGGCGUCGAUCGAGGCGAUGAGGACGGUAGAUGUGGGGGAGGGGGAAGGGGUGCGGCAGGAAGAAUGCCCGGUGUGCUUGGACGGACUAGGGGAAGGAGGGAAGGAAGAGUCGGCGGCGGUGGUGAGGGAGAUGCCGUGCGGGCAUCGGUUCCACGAGGGUUGCAUCGUGAAGUGGCUGGGGAUGCACGGGUCGUGCCCGGUGUGCCGCUUCCGGAUGCCGCCGGAGGAGGGCGUAGAUCCAAAGAAAGGCGACGGCGAGGGGGACGGGGCCGAAAACGAGGAGCAGAGGAGGAGGAGGAUAAGAGGGAUGUGGCUUACCAUCGUCUACAGACGAGGCAGAGGUGAAAUAAGCGAUCAAGCGUCGCAAUCGCCGGGAGAAGAAGACGGUGGAGGAGGAUAUAGUGGCCGCGAUGCUGCCGCUGUUUCUGCCGAAACCGACGGUGGCAUCGAACGGGCCUAGUCAAAGUCAGAUCCGACCCAACCCAACACGGCUUAUUUAGUGUGUGUCGCCGAAUCCGACCCAAUACGUGGUAACGGAUCCAAACAAACCGGUUGGGACGAUUGACCAAAUCAAAAUCAGCUUCUAAAUCAGAAGUACGACCGAGUCAUAUCGUAGCACGCAUCUCAAAGGCGCCCAUCGGCCCCGCACCCGUGGGACUCGGUUGGCGUGUGGCUCGAUAAAGACGGCGGAUGGCUCGGUUCAUCCUCCGAUAAAAAGGAGAGGAGGAGGAAGAGGAAGAAGACGACGACCAUGGCAAGGCUUCCUCUCCUGGCGCUUGUGCUCGUAUCAGCCCUCCUCUUCCUGUCUUCCCCUCAAGGAUAUGGGAGAAGGAUUCACGUCAUGAAGCAUUAUGAAGCGUGGACCUCUCCGGUGCCAUCGCAUAAGGAAGAUUCAAGGAUGGGAAGAGAGACGACGGAGAUGGAGAUGGACUACCCGGAGCCGGGAGCCAAUACAAACCCCCGGGCCGGAGCAAUCUUCGGCUCCCCACCACCAUCACCUCCCGUCCACUAGCCGCCAUCAACCAACGCAACAAGAACAGAGAGCAGCAGCAGAGAAGGAUGAAUAAAGGUUCAUUGUCUGUCUCCUAUAGAUUAGCGGGUCUCUCGUCUUCUCCUCUCCCAUAAAUAAUGGCUUCUUUCCUUUCUCCUCCACAUGUGUGAGUACAUGGAGAGCCACCUACUGUUAGAAAGAGUGGAUGUCUUAGGUUUUGUUAAUGGAGCUGCUGGUGAGGGCUCAUCAUCAGGCAGCAUGCAGCAGGUGGGCAAAACCAUUGCCAUGUCCAACUUGUGUGUAUACUAAGCAGAGAAGGAUGAAUAAAGGUUCAUUGUCUGUCUCCUAUAGAUUAGCGGGUCUCUCGUCUUCUCCUCUCCCAUAAAUAAUGGCUUCUUUCCUUUCUCCUCCACAUGUGUGAGUACAUGGAGAGCCACCUACUGUUAGAAAGAGUGGAUGUCUUAGGUUUUGUUAAUGGAGCUGCUGGUGAGGGCUCAUCAUCAGGCAGCAUGCAGCAGGUGGGCAAAACCAUUGCCAUGUCCAACUUGUGUGUAUACUACAACGCUAUUGCACUCAAAGAAAGCAUGUGAUCUACUCGAUGUUUCUAUAAAGCAGCUACUAAUGCAUGGAUGGAUAAGUGUUGUUCUUAA